AUGCAGUUACCUAGGGGGGGAGAGAUGUCGGGAACUCGGAUGCCGACAUGGAAGGAGAGGGAGAACAACAAGCGGAGGGAGCGGAGGAGGAGGGCGAUCUCGGCGAAGAUAUUCGCCGGCCUGAGAAUGUACGGCAACUACAAGCUGCCUAAGCACUGUGAUAACAACGAGGUCCUCAAAGCCCUCGCCGACGAGGCUGGCUGGACCGUCGAGUCCGACGGCACCACAUAUCGUAAGGGAUGCAAGCCUGCGGAUUGGGCCCACAUUGGUGGUUCAAUAUCUGCGAGCCCAGGCUCAUCAUACCAACCGAGCCCCUAUGCCUCAUGUAACCCUAGCCCACCUUCAUCAUCAAUCGCAAGCCCAACAACCAAUCCUCACCCCGAUUCUCUCAUACCAUGGCUCAAAAAUCUCUCAUCAUCAUCGUCAUCAUCAUCCAUGUCCUCUAAGCUACCCCAUGCUUACAUCCACAACGGUUCCAUAAGCGCACCGGUGACCCCACCUGUGAGCUCACCAACCGCUCAAUCCCCACCUCGGAUCAAAACCAGCUCACCUUGGGGUGCACCGACCCUUUCUUGGUUCUCUGGCGUUCGGGUCCCACAGAGUGGACCUGCGUCGCCUACGUUUAGCCUUGUGGCUGCAAACCCGUUUGGGUUUAAGGAAACAGGUUUGGGUCAUGGUGGGUCCCGGAUGUGGACCCCCGGACAGAGUGGGACUUGUUCCCCUGCGAUUCCUCUAGGGUUUGAUAAUAAUGCGGAUAUUCCAAUGGCGGAAGUCGUUUCAGAGGAGUUUGCGUUUGGAAGGGUGAAGCCGUGGGAAGGAGAAAGGAUUCAUGAGGUGUGCGGACAGGAUGAUCUUGAGCUUACUCUUGGCGGUUCAAAGGCCAGAUAAAAUGUGGCCUAGAGAAGAGAUCAUCACUAUUAAUGUGUGUUUAUAGUUCCUAGUGGUUGAGGUGAAGAUCUAGGGUUCAAAACCUGGCAUGCCCAAAAAUACUGUUGAUGCUAUAUAAUUUUCCACUUGCGGUGAAAGGCUCUAGUUUGAUUCACAUGGUAUGGUUAUGGUUUAUUAUUAUUUUUUUUAAAUUAAGGUAUGUUAUAUGUAUGAAUGAAAGAUGUGUAUUUGAUUGUAUUCAAUUAUUGUUAUUUUGCAAUGAAUGAAGUUGUAGAUUGAUUUUUUUUUUUUAUUUUAUUUUUUAUUUUUUAUGUUGGUGUGAUAAAUGAUUACUAUUGGUUCG